AUGGCUGAGCAAAGUGCUGGAUUCCGCUACACAAGCCUCCCAAGUUGCCGUACAAGAUGCAGUCAUCUCCUCCAUCGUUAACGGUGGCGGCACAUCGCUACUGCUGAGAACUUCACAGCAGGCCUGGUCUACACACCAAACGGUGGUUCCCGCGUUAAUGCCCUGCAAGACGAAGACGUACUGACAGGCUCCAACACAUCUGCUGCUGCCAACAACAAACUGACAGCCACAGUAGGUAACUCCAACGACAACGGCGCCCCGAUCAUCACGCCAACGUUGAAAAACAUCCAGACAGCCACGUUCUCCUUCACCGGCUCUGCUGAUGACAACAACAUCAACAACAACGCCGUUGUUGCAAUCGACCUGCAAGAUGGUACCGGCCUGAAAACAAUCGGUAUCAACCGCAUUGCUUCCACAGCAGGCACCAACGUAGCCCGUAUCGAAAACAUCAAACAAGCAGUAGAAACACUGAACCUGACCAACACCAACGCCAACAACGCUGGUACAGUUGAAUUCUCCUUCGGUAACGGCACACUGCUGGGCGCUAACACAGCCACACUGAACCUGUCCGACGUCCAAGUUGGUACAGUCAACAUUGGUCAAAACGUUUCCGGCACAUCCGCUGCAGGCGUAGCCAACCAAGGUUACGAAACACUGACCAUCAACAGCACAGGCAACACCAACAACAUCGGCAGCCUGAACCUGCCAAUGGACACAGGUACAGCAGGCAAAGUCAUCAUCACUGGCGACAAAGACCUGACACUGGCCCAAACAUCCAAUGUUGUUAAUGGCGCCGUCUGUCCGCCAUUGAUGCAUCCGCAUUCAAAGGCAAACUGA